GGCCCUUGCCGAGCCAGCGUGUUCCUGCCGCCGAUUGGUCCCAACAGGAUCCGUCCGCUGAUUGGUUCUUUCGGCGGAGCCCGGUUCCAGCCAAUGGCCGCGAUCGCGUCCCGCCCAGGGAGGGGAUAAAAGGGCCGCGGCGGUUGCGUCAGGAGGAUUGACCCGAUUCGCUCUGUGCCCAGCCUCGCUCCGCCAGCGCUUCCAGCCACCAUGUCCGGCCGCGGCAAACAGGGAGGCAAGGUCCGAGCCAAGGCCAAGUCGCGCUCGUCCCGGGCCGGGCUGCAGUUCCCCGUGGGUCGUGUCCAUCGGCUUCUCCGGAAAGGUAACUACGCGGAGCGGGUGGGCGCUGGAGCUCCCGUCUACAUGGCGGCCGUGCUGGAGUACCUGACGGCCGAGAUCCUGGAGCUGGCGGGCAACGCGGCCCGCGACAACAAGAAGACGCGCAUCAUCCCCCGCCACCUGCAGCUCGCCAUCCGCAACGACGAGGAGCUCAACAAGCUGCUGGGCAAGGUGACGAUCGCGCAGGGCGGCGUGCUGCCCAACAUCCAGGCCGUGCUGCUGCCCAAGAAGACUGAGAGCCAUAAAGCCAAGAGCAAGUAAAUUUGGCGAGCAAAGCCACUCAGACUUUGCACGACAUAACAUUUGAAACAAAAGGCUCUUUUCAGAGCCACCCACGUACUCAAAAAAGAGUUGUGUUGCUUUCUUUAAGAAGGUGCCCUGGUGCUGAGUCUUGAUAGUACUAAAUUUACCUCAAACGAACUUGUGUUUCGAUUUUUUUAAAACUUUGUUUAUACUGAAGAGGGUUGAUACAUUUGCUGUCUAAACCAUGUUUCUAAAUCAAUGUUAGUUUUUUUGUAAUUGUUUCAUUUGCUCAUUGUUACAUUCAGUAAAGAACUUGGUUAUUCCGCUUACCUUUCACGGUUCCACAGCUUGCAUAGGGUGUAGAACAUAGGACGGUGGCUACAGCACGGGUGGGAGUGGCAAAAGCUGUGCCACAUGAAGGUAAAUAGGAGACUGUUGUAAAGCCCAAAUGUAGAUACAUUAACCCUGAAAAAAAGGUUUCUUCAUUCCCUUUGAAGGCCUUUGUUCUUUGCAAGAUGCUAAAUUCCCUAUAUGUUAAAUAUAUGUAUUUUCUAUAUAUAAAUAUAUUACACGUAUGCUUAAUAUAAGUAAAUACAUGUCGUUCCCUAUAUGUUAAAUGUAAGUAAUAUAUUGUCACAUAUAUGUUAAAUUUAUGUAAUAUAAAAUGAGGAAUGCCUUAGCAAAAAUGGCAUUUGAUCUACAUCUCUACUUAAUCAGAUGUGCAAUCUAAAGAAACACUAACACUUCCAUUCUGGAGAAUCUUAUAGUGGUAGUAUGCUCCCAUUGUAAGAGGUAUUUUCAAACUUUCUACUCAUAAAUUCACUGUUCAUUGCUGCUA